GCUGUCGGGUGACGUACACAUAAACAUAGCCGCUCUCAGAGCUAAGCGGUAUCAUAGUUGUAAACAAUCGUUGAAAGUCAAUUUAAAGCAUGGUCUGAAGCCAUUGAAGUGCACCGUUUAGGCAAAUUUCUCACAUGACGCGACAGUGAAAUCUGCUGUCAGUCCUACUAACAGAACCGCAAAGUCGACCACAGUAGGGGCUUAUAACGAAAUGUUUUCGUUAGCUAAAUUUAGCUAGCUGUUAAAAUGUCGAGGUUUUGGCUUGCUCCCUGUUUCUUCUCUCGAGCUGGACCGCAGGAAAAUGCCAGUUGAAGGUUAUUUGGACGUCUGGCAUCGCAAAAAAUGCAGCAUAAGUAUCUCCUUUUGUUUGGGCCCACUUUGUUAUGAACUGCUAUGUUUUGAGGGAGCUUGUAUAUGCGCUGACAAAUGAUGUUUUCCCCCAUGUCCAGCAGCCACGAUGAAUACAGUUUGAAGCACAUGAGCAGCUCCAUGGGCGGCAGGAGACAGAAAGCAGAGGAUGGCGGAGAGCAGACUCUUAUUGCACCUCUACGUCCUACUGGUGGGGAUCUCGUGGACCAAGAUGCCUCCACACCAGGGUUCGUCUACAUGUUGGCGUUCUUCUCUGCCCUGGGAGGAUUUCUCUUUGGUUAUGACACCGGGGUGGUCUCCGGGGCUAUGCUGCUCCUGAAGGAGGAGAUGAACCUGAGUGCUCUGUGGCAGGAGCUGCUGGUUUCCAGUACUGUUGGGGCUGCGGCGCUCUCUGCCCUGAGCGGAGGCUUCUUAAAUGGUUGGCUGGGACGCAGGAUCUGCAUCCUUUUGGCCAGUUUCAUCUUCGGCAUCGGUGGCAUCAUCUUGAGUUUAGCCCCGGACAAGGUGGUUCUUCUUGUGGGCAGAAUCACAGUUGGUUUGGGCAUAGGCAUUGCCUCUAUGACAGUUCCUGUAUACAUCGCAGAGGUUUCUCCACCUCACCAGAGAGGUCAGCUGGUCACUAUAAACUCCCUCUUCCUCACUGGUGGCCAGUUCAUUGCCAGCGUAAUCGAUGGAGCUUUCAGCUACAUGAGCCACGACGGCUGGAGGUACAUGCUGGGUUUGUCCGUUGUCCCGGCAGUGCUGCAGUUCGUCGGCUUCCUCUUCCUGCCGGAGAGCCCUCGUUGGCUUCUCCAAAAGGGCAGGAACCAAGAGGCCCGCCAGACUCUCAGCCGGAUUAGAGGGGGCCAGAACAUUGACGAGGAGUACGACACCAUCAGAAUCGCCAUCGAGGAAGAGGAGAAAGAGACUGGUGGAGGACGCUUUGUUAUUUUGCGGAUCCUUCGCCAUGGCCCGACUCGAAGGGCUCUUAUCGUUGGCUGCGGCCUCCAGAUGUUUCAGCAGCUGUCUGGGAUCAACACCGUCAUGUACUACAGUGCAACCAUUCUGCAGAUGGCGGGGAUACGGGAUGUUAAACAGGCAAUCUGGCUGGCUGCUGCAACUUCUGCUACCAACUUUGUGUUCACCUUAGUUGGAGUCUGGCUGGUGGAGAGAGUGGGCCGCAGGCACCUGACCCUUGGCAGCCUUUUUGGUACUGCUCUGAGUCUGACUUUGUUGGCAGUCGGAUUCUUGCUAUCUGCCCAGUAUUCUCCGCCUAUCACCCUCCACCCAGUCGACUCUCAAAACUCAACUUGCAGAUUGUAUGGGUCCUGUGAAUUCUGCAUGUUGGAUCCGGACUGUGGAUUUUGUUAUCGUGAAAACGGCACCGGAGUGUACGACUCCUCCUGCGUUCCUGUCAAUCAAGUGUCCACAGAAGACGCCGCCUGGGGAAGGUGUUCCAACCAGACAGAGACCACUGAUAGCCCCAUCUGGGCCUACAACUACUGUCCAACAUCGUACUCCUGGGUCGUCCUGCUGGGCCUCAUCCUCUACCUUGCAUUCUUUGCUCCAGGUAUGGGCACCAUGCCUUGGACAGUGAACUCCGAGAUCUACCCACUGUGGGCUCGCAGCACCGGCAACGCCUGUUCAGCCGGGGUGAACUGGAUCUUCAACGUCCUGGUGUCUCUGACCUUCCUUCAUGUCGCCGAGUAUCUGACCUAUUACGGGGCGUUCUUUAUGUACACCGGCCUGGUUGUUUUGGGUAUCCUCUUCGUCCAGGGUUGCCUCCCAGAGACCCGGGGCCUGCAGCUGGAGGACAUCGAUAACCUGUUCACCGGUCAGCUCUGCUCCUGUGGAGCCUCCUCACCCCGUGACAAAGGCCACGUCCACUACAUUCGGCAAGCUUCGGAAUUCAGCCCAGCACAAUAUGGAGCGGUGGGGUCAGACAGUGCCAUAGCCUACAUAACUGUAAGUACUGCAUCAAGGUGCUAAUAACUUUUCUGCUAUCCUAGAAAUAUGCCUUUUAUAAUGAUUAAUAUAUUUGUUUUUGCAGCUCAGAUAAUGGUGACCAAGUAACCCUGAACAAGUUAAUAUCAAAGCACCUUUGUUUACAACAUCCUAUUUGCACAGGCACGCUUCAAUUUGCACUUCAAAAUCUAACAACUACAAUAAUUUUUCAAUUCUGAUGGAGUCUUGUGUUUUAUUAAACUGCAAGCUAGGAAUUGCCAUGCCAUGUUUGUGCAACUGAUGUGUUCCCUUUUUAAAUGUUUUAUUUUAGAACAAUCAUUAUUUUCUAGUAAUGUUUUUUUAGUAAUGUACGGACAUCUGAGGAUGUCUAAACUGAAGUUUUCUGAUGAGUAAAAUAUUUAGAAAUAAUAAUAACAUUAAUAUAUAUCCCAAAAACAUUAAUAUUUAUGGGAACAAAAUCUUCCAAUAUUUCUAAACACAUUUUGUGGUUACAGAUCUCACACAUAAUGUCAUAUUUGUGUGUGUGUGUGUGUGUGUGUAUAUAUAUAUAUAUAUAUAUAUAUAUAUAUAUAUAAUAGUUGUUAAACUCACCAGCCUGUGCGAGAACUUAAAAAGGGAAAAAGUAUUGCAUUUUGUAUUGGAAAUUGUACAUGUAUUGACACAGACAUUUUGUACACUUACGAAGUUAGUUUGUCGGGUGGACAGUAAUGAUGAGUGUUUUGAAAAGGAAAACCAAGUUUAUAGGCCAUAGAUCCAUUUGACCUCAUGACAAAUGAGAUGUGUUCAUGUUGGUACUGUUUUUGUUUACAUUUUGUAUAUGAAAUGCUGCCGUAUGUACAAUUACAUUCCAUGUCUCUUUGAUCAUGUUCUGUUCUGUGAUCUUUGGGAAAUAAAUAUACACACUUUGAAGCAA